AUGGGUGUAUUCAAGCUGUUGUUGUUGCUGUAUCUGGCUUCUGGAGUCAAUACCUACACUCCGUUGCCAGCUCCGUUCACGGAGGAAUGUGUGGUGGAGAAGGGCAAGAACCUGUACGAUCCGGCCAACGCCAAUCAGAUCAAGUGGUCAGUUUGUGUUUCAAUGAAAUGAAACUUUGUUUUUGGUAAUUGGGUUUUGAUAAGAUCUUCAGGGGUACUGUAAAAACUAUGUCCAGUUACAAAUUGUACAAUUUAGAAAUUUAUUUUGAAGUUUUAACAGUUAACAAUCUAAACGCAUAUUAUAAAUCUUACCGCUAGGUUUAGAAUCGGUACCACUUACUUUUUUUUAAAGUGGUUUAGUAUAAAUGCGGCACUUCGUUAUCACUUUUAAUGUAAAAAACUUAAAAUUUGCACUUUAAGGUACACCGUGGACUUAGAUGCACCACCAGAAACCCACUUCAAACAAAUCGCUCAAGAGUACAAGCAAGAGAUCCGAGACUUGAUCCAAGUCAUCAAGGACCUUAUUGUCCCAGUUGUACCAGUAGCUUUGGAGAUUGUAGACAUUUUGUUCAAAGAUCUCAUGAAAUGGAUCCCGGAACCUUACAACUCUGAGAUCGUCGUAAGUUUCUUCACUAUAUACGCUUGACUAGAUAUACAUAUCGCUUCGUAUAGACAACUCUCGUCAAUAGCAUUGCAGUAAACUUACUUUUGUCAGGGUGUGGCCAAUGUAACUGGUCUUCCAAUCGGAGAAGUGGUACUGUACAACGUGUUCUAUGAAGUCUUCACGGUAUGUACAUCGAUUGUAGCUCAACAGCCAAACGGUCGUCUGAUUCACGCCAGAAACCUUGACUUCGGACUGUUCUUGGGAUGGAAUCCGGAGCUACAUGAGUGGUCCAUCUCCACCGUGCUUCGGAAAAUGAUCGUGAACAUAAACUGGAUUAAGGAUGGUAUGUUUAUAUUGUCGUUGAGUAGAAAUGAUUACACAAUUCGAAUCAUGUUAGUUUUUACACAGCAUUAUAUGGUAGUAUGACUAGGUAAUAUUAACAUAAAUGUUUAGGAAAACUCCUCUUCAAGACCAACAACUUCGCCGGAUUUGUUGGAGCUUACAAUGGACUGAAGCCUAACAAGUUUACGGUAACUGCCAAUGAGAGAUUCAUGCCUGCCGGUGGACUCUAUGGUAUGUUACGGUAUGUGCUUGGACUGGAUAAGGAAUCCAACUGGAUGACAUGGCACGUCAGACAGGUUUUGGAGAAGGCUGAUAGUAAGUAGCUACUGUGAAUACCUUAUACUGUAAUUAAAUAGCAAUAUAAUAAGGUGCUUCUAGAAAUAUUCUUUAGAUACAAAACAAUGUAAAAGCUUACAUUAUUGUAGGUUACGAUGAAGCCAAGCAGUUGUUGUCAACCCAGACCAUUAUGUCGCCAGUCUACUAUAUUCUUGGUGGAGCCAAGCCUUUCGAAGCCUCGAUUAUCACCAGAUCCAUCAACGAAACUGACAUUCUCACUGAAAUGGAUCCAAACGACCCUCAGGGCUGGUACCUACUUCAGACAAACUACGAUCCUGGAACUGAGGUGAGUAAAGUAUAAUAUAGUCGACAUACCUACUGUUGCGCUACUGUGUUUAGUUACAUAACAUUGUCACUUUCAGCCAAUCUUCAUCGACGACCGUGACGCUCCAGGUAACCAUUGUAUGGGUGUGUUGGGCCAACGUGGAGUCAGCUUCAAGGGCAUCUACAAUGUUUUGUCGUCUCAAACGUCGCUCAACAAGUUGACUACUUAUACAGGUAUUUAGCUUAUCCUUGAGCUAGUUAGGUCAAAAAUGCAUAGAUGUUACUUUUUUAGCUAAUACUUUCAUUUUUGAUGAUUAUCACUUAUUUAUUUUUCAAUUUUUGUAUUACUUCUUCAGUAACAAAACUUUUGUUUCAGUACUCAUGGAAGUGCACAGUGGACAGUUUGAAACCCAUCUACAGAAAUGCCCCGGUUACUGUUGGGGAUGGUAA